AGUCGUUUGGAAUAUGUGAAAGUCGAAACACAAAACAAUCGGUAGUUUUAUCAGUGAUAAUGUAAAUAUGGUUGUGCCUCGAGGUUCUACUACGAAGCCGUGUAUUAUGGCACAUACACCGCUCAAAUCGUUUACAAUAAACUCUAUAUUACCCGAAACAGCGCUCGAUGUUCGUGAAAGUACACCCGAACCUGAGGAUGAGUGCCUUAUGAAACAAGAAACAUUAUCGGAAGUGAGUGAUUGUGAAUCGGACUUAGAUGUUACUGGUACAACACCGCCUUUGGAUUGUUCUAAUAAAUCGGCAGAUGAAGAGGAUAUACAAAAAGAUGGUAAAGAAAAGAAACUAAAUGAAAAACCCCCCUAUAGUUACAAUGCUCUCAUCAUGAUGGCUAUUAGAAACAGUCCGGAAAAGCGCCUAACGCUCAAUGGCAUAUACGAAUAUAUAAUGAAAAAUUUCCCUUAUUACAAAGACAAUAAACAAGGAUGGCAAAAUUCUAUAAGGCAUAACCUUAGUUUGAAUAAAUGUUUUGUGAAGGUUCCGAGGCAUUACGACGAUCCAGGAAAAGGCAACUAUUGGAUGUUGGAUCCGUCUGCUGAGGAUGUAUUUAUCGGUGGCACAACAGGUAAAUUAAGAAGAAGAUCCACAGCUGCAUCCAGAUCUCGUCUAGCCGCCUUUAAACGAACUCUUUCUCUAUAUUCCCCCCUCCAAUCCUGUUACCCAGGUUUCUACCCACCAUCCCCUGCACUUUUAGCUGCAGCUUACUCCCGAUAUAACCCUUAUCUACACGCACCAACACCAACAAACUUCCUGGCUCGACCUACUCCCAUUCAACCCCAAAACUUAUCAGUUAACCCUCCGUCGAUGGAAUUGAAUAGUUCUCCGAUAUUCCGACCGCCCCAUUCGCUUUUCGAAAUGUACAACAAUUUACGAUUAGCUGUACCGUUACAGUAUCCCCUGCAAAUUCCUGGUUUAGCUGCAGCCAACGGUCUGAAUGGUUUGAAUAUACCUUCGUCGAGUUGCUCGAGUCCACAAGAAACAAGACCUUCCGGCGAAGGCCUACUCAAGCCAGUAACGAUUAUUACUAGGAACAAUUAAUGUUUAGUGAUUCUGUGAUUAGUUUUAUCUAAAAGGCUAGGUAUUCCAUUUUUGAUUCCAAGAAAUUGAAAAUUGGCCCACAUUUUAUUAAGUUAGUAUAAAUUCUACAGGUUAUUAGAAAUAACUGAAAUAACCUCACAUUUAAGUGUAAUAUUGACCAGCCCCACGGAUUCACUACCGUAAAUUUCGAAUUUUCUCUUUCUUCUGUUUUGGAAUCAACUUUUCAUUUUUUGUUAAAAUAUUUUCAGUGUUUAAUAAGACAACAGCAAGCCGCUUACUGCGUUUUCUUUUAGAUCGAACAGAGGACGAAAUGGGUGCAUUCGACAAGCUUGGUUGAGGUGUUGUCGAGCGUUAUCUGAUAUUGAAGUCAAUUGCAGUCUUUGUAGAGGUUUUGCACGUACCAAAAGCGGUUGUGCUUGUUCUUCUGUAAGAUAAGCGUAGUGAGGAAUGAUUGAGGGAUUGAAUGGAACUACACCCCUUGCUUUGGAAGAAGACACCGCGUUUUUCAUAGUAGCAGAUUUCUCUCAUGAAGAAGCCAGUAGAUGUCUGAAUUGUAAUCUAUUAAUUCAUCGUUGGCGAUUGGCAGAAAUGGCUUCGUAAUAGAAUGAAGAAACAUCUGUUUAAUGUCUGCAAGUUAAGUGGUACGUGGUCGGUAAACAGAAUAAAAUAAUUUGAUUUCCAGACGUAUAUUCCGGCAUUUCCACCUUCCUCCAAUGGGAUUAAAGCCCAUCCAAAAGUAAUGGGACUUUUCCUGUGGAUUUUAUAGACACAAAUUGUUAUUUGAGUCCUUUGAAGAUUUCUUUAUAUAUAGAUCCUGGAAGAAUUCUAUUUUCUUAUUCGGGUUUUUUAGUUUUUCUCUUUAGCAUGCACCUCGACAGAAUGAAGAAUUUCGAUAAUCUAAAGCGUUUCUCCUUUCUCUUAUGACGCAACAUUUUUUGAGUUUUUGACGGCAACAACAUGCUCAUGGCGGUUGUUCAAUUGCAAGCCCGCUCUUCGUCGAUAUUACAAAUGUGCCCAGCCUUGUUCAUUGAGUCGUUUUCAAUCAAUGUACGUUCCAAAAGUGAGAAAUAUGUGGAAGCAAUCUGUGGAAAAAUGUAGCAGAAACUCCUUCAGAUUUUCGUAUGAUGACCACGGAUAACCGGUAUUAGAACGUACAAAGGAUUGCGUUGAUGCAAACCCAUGUUGUAACUUUUUCAGUCACCAUUUUAAGCUCAUUUUGAACUUCUAAUGUAGAAGAAGCUUUUACUGUGAAGGUCUCCGCAUCUCUUUCGCCGGCAAAUUGUGCUCUGGAAUACCAACAUGGCGACCUUCUUCACAAAUAUUCAUAUCUUCGUUGUCAACUGCAGAAAUAACUUCAGAUAACUAUUCUAGUGUCCAAUUACCUUUCUUGGUGUUCCGCAUUCUUUCGUAUUUCGUUGGCAUUGAUAGAGCACAUGAUAUCUGUUAAUUGACUAUAUGAUACAAAAUACUAAAUAUUUCAUUAGAUGUGUCAGCUCAUUUUACUCUAUGACGAGAGACGGUGCAUUCUGUUAAUACAAACCUAUUGGCGUAUUUGCAUUAAAGUGAGGCUAGACACACUCAAUUAUAAACAUGUGAUCGUGUCAUAGUGUGAUUGAUAAUAACCUGCACUCAAUCGGACUCUAGACCGUCCAAAAAUUUCAACGAUAGCUGUAAGAUCUUCUGAAUAAUAUUGUCAAUAAACAAGACUAAAUUUAACAGUGCAGCGACUUAAAUGAUUGACACAGUGCUGUCAGGUUUGAGUCUCACCUCAUACGCCAACUCUUUUCGAUUCUAGUCCCAGAGUACAAGAAACUGGGUCGAUAAGUUGCGCGCCAUUUUAGCUUGUAAACUGGCGGCCCCAACUUAGCCACUUCUUAAGGUCAGCAGAGAUAUGAAAAUGCCGAACGGAAAAAUCGGCUCAAAAACCUUGAGUAUAAGUAGUUGCUUUGAGAUUACUGAAAUCAAAUGGAGCAAACAUUUGGUGCAAAUUAACAUCGUGUCAAAAUUAAUGUUUCAAUUGCUCUAUAAUGAAAUAAUCGAAUUCAUAAACUUGGAUAUUGUGCAUGAUAAUUGAAUUAAUAUACAAAUGCAUAUCAGAAUUUCAAAUGGAAUGCCUUUUUUAAGCCGAUUUGUCAAAUAUGUAUAUAAUGAAUGUAUAAAUUAGUUAGUAGAAUCUUGUAUAUUUUUGCAAAUGAAUUAAUUGUGUAUCAGAUAGAUACUUAGCGUUCACUGUCAAUUGGAGAGCACAAGUUGUGUAAUAAAUUUUAUUAUUCAUUCAGUGAA